AUGUUGUCCGGACAAAGGAACCGAAACUGCUCGAGCAACAUUCACCCUGCAGAGCAGAUGGAGCAGCUUGUUGUUUUGCCUCCUGGCUUCGACAAGUCUGACCCCUUUGGGCAGAAGAAGUCGACACUUUUUGCCGGGACUUUCCGACCGGAGCGCAGCCGGUCGGUGAAGUUGGCUGCUGAAAAUUCUUUGAAACACGGUCCGGCGAGCGCAGCUGCCGGCGAGGCGGCCCAAGUUGCCAGCAGGCCUGUGACCGGAGGCGCUCAGAGCCGGCCGAGCACCGGGUCGAACUUGGAUGACAUGUGGGACCUGUUGGCUCCCUUCUCACUCCGCGACCAUGUCGGCAACUUGUUGCAACAGCCGUUGCCGACACGAGGAGAAGGAAUCAAAGACUAUUCGAAGGAGUGUUCUAUCGGUCCGUUGCCUGUGCCGCCGACCCACUUGAGUCACACUCCAUCAGAGAUGCAUGGUGCUUUUGCCUACACUGCACAGCUCCACAGAGCCGUUCUAGCCCAACAGGCUUCGGAACAGUGGCGUGGUGUUCCCAAGAACGACCAGACAGCUUUCAAUGAAGCACGAGUACAUAUGGGCCACAUGAUGCGCAAGUGA